CGGCAGAGGUCGCUCGGUUAACACGAGUUCGAAUUUCGAAGUUUAUUAAAGAUGGCGUCGAACGACCAGUUACAUAGAUGUUUUCAUCUCGAGCUAACCCAAGUCCGACCAGAAGUAGUAUCAAGGAAGCGAAUGAUCAUUUACAGCUCUUACAUCAGAGAGUUGUGGAACUGGAGACUACCGUCCAGGAUCAAGCCGAAGCUUUAAUAAAGAAGGAUGAGAUGAUGCAGUCGAAGUUGAGAGAAUUAGCCGAAAUAAAAGACUUAGAAAUCGACGAACUGACGAAAAGAAUCGAAUACAGUGACGAGAAACUUAAAAAGUUAGAACAUUUACUGAGAGAAAAAGACCAGUUGAUCGAACAGUUAUCCAACAGAUGUGUUCUAGCGGAAGAAGUAUCCGCUUAUACUCCCGCAAUAGAAAAAUUAUUAGCAGCAAUGAGGAAACUUCCUUCAAAAAAUUUACAGGGUAAACACAUAAAGGUUAAAAGAAGCAUGAUUCGAAAUCAUAAAUCCGAAAAAAAGCCCAAUUUUAUCGACGGAAGCCUUCAUUCCGACGGUAAUAUGGGUACGGAUGGCCAUCUUCAGCCGCCGAGUCAGUCGUUCGCCGACAUGAGAAUCGCGAGGAGUUUUAAUAUCAACAGUAACUUUUCGAUGUCCGAAGAAGAAGAUAACGAAAUGAUGUGAUGAUUGUUUUGAAUGUUAAAAUAGUGAAAAUGUUCGACGAAACCGACUUGUAUUUAAGUAGUAAAACUUAUGGACUAGCAUUGUUUUGUUAAAUAUUUGGUCCGUUAGUGGUGAUAUAUGUAUUUACGACUUGAAAAGUUUUGAAUGUUGAAAGACUGCCAAUAUAUCUUUUCAUGCCAUCCAUAUUUCCUUCUUAGAUAAUAAUAUCCUACUCAAUUCUCCAAAGGUGUUUGUUUUCUUAUGAAAAAGCUGCCUGAUAUUGUAAUUGAACUUUUUAAAUAUUUGAAAAUUAACAUGAAUGCAUACAAGGUACCAAUUAGCAAAUGAUCAUAUUUCCAUGGCAAUAUAUUCUUACUCCAAUGCCAUCCAAUUUCUGCUAGAAAACUUGAUGAAAAAUAGAAAUUAGGCAUUUCUAUACAUCCGAAAUUAAUAUUCCGAAACAUUUAGUGAUAUAUUAGUAAUAAACUAUAUUCACGAUAUAUUUACGGUACGCAUUAUACAAACUGUCCGUCGUAAUAAAUUGCUUCCAUAUUUUCAAAUAUCUCACUUGAGUUACGAAAUAUAGAUUAUUUUCUGCAAAAUAAAAGAUUGAAAUAUAUUUCAGUACUAACAAAUAAGCCUUCUCUAUUGUACACAAUUAUAAUUUUAUCAGGCAAAUGUAUCUGUGGUUAUAUGAGAAACUGAAUUAUAGUUAUUACAUUGGAAACAAAUUUGUAAAAAAUCAAACUGUUUGAUGUAAUUAACUAAAACAAAAUGUCCUGCAUCUACAAUUUGUUAUGUGAUAUUUUUCUGUAAAACUUCCUCCUCUUCGAGAUCUGAAUUCUAUUUAAUAUAUGUCUACGGAAAAGUCAGUUUUUGGUUGUAGAUUCUAUAGAUAUGUCUGUCGAUAGUAAGUAUUAUAAAAA